CCAGGUGUGGCACUGAGCACAACACGGCCUUAGAUUUUUAUGCCAUGGUAGCCCCAUUGAUCAAAGUGAUUCACGCCAGAGGGUGAACAUGAAGGCAAAGUUUGUCCUUUCACAUUUUGGUGUAGGCCUACUGUCGUGUUUUUUACUGUUAUUUUUCACGUUCUCCCGCGUGGUUGGUGAAAUGGGUAGGCCUAGUUCGUCGUCACAUCUUGAUGCUCUCACCGAAGAUUCUCGGCGGAGUUAUGCGAAACAGAACAGUCCAUACCAUACACCAUUCACGGAUAGAGGCAAGGAAGACCAGCAUUUGCAGUUCAUGUUAGACAUGUAUAGGAUCGCCGCUGAAACAGAUGGUAGGCCGAGAGGGCAUAAAGUCUUUGGGUCCAACACAGCGAGACUUUUACGUGCGUCCGUGCAAAAACGCAGUCUCGUGGCAUCAAAAGAUGUGCACUUCACGCUGAAGUAUGAACUAGAAAGCCUUGAGCUUGAGCGACUGGUACGAGCCUCACUAGUCCAUAUGAAGUCACCUGUGGGACAACUCUUGUCAGUAAAAUGCAAAGCCAAGGUCUGGCACCAGGGACACACAGGAAAGUCCGGCACACACUCGGAGCACAAAGUUACUCUGGGACCUCAAAGCCAGUGGACCGAAAGAGACGUCACACACCAAGUCUCUCAGUGGAAGGAAGGUCCUUUGGUCCUCACUGUCCAGUACCGUUGCCAGCAGGGAUGGUGGAUGAGGGGAAAUGGGAAGCCUGGCGUGACCGGGAGACACCAGCCCCCCCAGCUGUACCUGAUGGCUCCCGCUCUGCUGCUCUUUCUGGAGGAGGAAGAGGAGGAGAAGAGGAAGAACCCCAUGGAGUGGGGAUUCCGCACACCUCCGCCGCACACAGCCGUCCGGCACCGCCGCUCCCAGGAGCCCGGUAGCAUCGUGUCCGACAUCCCCAACUACAAGGACCGCAAGAACCGCGUGGGCAAGAACCAGUGCAAACUGCACUCUUACCAAGUGGCCUUCAGUGAUCUUGGUUGGGAUCACUGGAUCAUUGCCCCACACUCGUACAACCCACGCUUUUGCAUGGGAGACUGUCCACGCAUCCUGCGCUAUGGCUUGAACUCGCCCAACCAUGCUAUUGUGCAGACCUUCAUCAGUGAGCUUGGGGUGGCGGACAUUCCCCCGCCCUCCUGCGUCCCUUACAAAUACAAACCCAUCAGCGUGCUCAUGAUGGAGAAGAACGACAACAUUGUUUACAAAGAAUACGAAGACAUGACCGCAGAGUCGUGCACCUGCCGGUAAGAGUUCCACAGGAGAUGUUAUGGACCUUCUCCCUCUCGUGCUGCAGUGCUGCAGGUCUCAAAGGACAACAGUAAGAGAAUGUUUAUGACGUGUUGUUUGUUUGGAAGCUCUGAGUCAUCAUAUGAGCUUACACUUGCAGAUGGCUGCUAGUGUCAAGUGGGCCAUGGGUAAGUGUGCAGGGCUCAUGAUCAGGGUGUGUCUGUGUUUGUUUGUUUGUGUGUGUGUGUACAUCUGUGUACUGCUCCAGGAGCCAUCUUAAAUCUGAACGUUGGUGUUGGCCAUGUGUUUUUGAAUGUGUUUUAUACAUGUAUGUAAUAAUAACAAUAAUAAUAAUUAUGAUAUGAUGAUUACCAUGAGGAUGUAAAAUCAGUGUUUGACCAGAGUAAGCAGGGUAACAUGGUGGUGUGUUAGCUUUUUGGAAUCCUGUUUGGGUAUGUGUGUUCAUGUUUGGAUAUUUGUUUGUGUCCAUAAUGAGACUAGCUGUGAAUUCAAGUUAUUUUGUGCGUACAACUUGGCAUGAUUCUUAUACUUAUAUGGUGUUGUAUGUGUUGACAUUCCCGGAGACCUCAUUAGUGUAAAGAAAAAUGAAAAAAGGGGAAAAAAAGAAAAAACAGAAAAAUUCUUUUUAAUGUUAUACUCUAAAGGGGUCCUUAUCUGUGUGUAGGCAGCUGUGUGGCGUGUAGUUUUGUGGGAACUGGGACAGCCAAUUCAACAAGUGUCCUAUUGCCUUCAGUUGGGUAGAUGGCUGGUCCCACAAGUUUUGUUCAUUUUCUUUUUUGAUGAGAGAAAGUUGCCUCUUGAAUAGAGCAAAGAGACUGUGAGGAUGAAAGGAGGAGGAAGAGCAGUCUAAGCUAUCGAAGAGUGUUUCAUAACAAUGUUUCUUACUAUGAGAGAUACCACUGAAAAUGAUUAAUGCAUUAGCAGUUCUUUUUAUUAACAUCAAUGAUGGGUACGUAAUAAAAUAAAAUGCACAUUUUGUACAAAAGAUUUUGUUGCAAUUAAUGGCUGGAUUAUGAUUUUUGUUC